AGCCGGACCGAUCGUGGUAAAUCUGGUAAUACUGACAUACUAUUAUUACGUUUAGAACCGGAUUUUACCUGAUGUAGUACUGCUGAAUGUGUUGUAUAUAAGCGUGUUGUUAAUUACAUGUCACCAGACUACUGCUGGUCAGUAUUUUCGCACACAGUACUGUGCACGUUUUACAGAUAAAAAACAAUUACUGUAUAUAGCUCAAGAUGUUUGGAGGACAGAAUAAGACCCCAUUUGGAGGGGCAUCUUUUGGUACACAACAAGCUGGUUUUGGCGCAGCAGCAACAACACCAUUUGGACAAUCAGCUGGAAGUGGCGUAGGCAGUUUAUUUGGUAACAAGGCAGCAACACCAGUAGGCUUUGGCACACCCAAUGCAUUUGGAGCACAGACCCCUGGUAGUAGCUUAUUUGGAACAUCAACUGCUGCCACAUCGACUGUCAACACAGGAGGCCUGUUUAGUAAUCAAGGUAGUGCCUUUGGAACAAAACCAACAACUAGCACAAGCGGUGGUUUCAACUUUGGUGGACAGACCCAAUCAACAGGUUUGUUUGGAACAGCUGGCACUUCAGGCACCACGGGUACAACAGGUUUGUUUGCCACGCCCUCCACAUCUACUGCCGGUGGUGCAGGCUUUGGUGCUAAUUUUGGAGGUACAGCAGGAAGUGGUGGUCUGUUUGGUCAGACGGCUGCCACAGCACCAUUUGGACAAACUGGAACAACACCCACUGCUGGACUUUUUGGUGCUGGUGGGUUUGGUGCCAAUGUUCCCACAGGUACAACUAUAAAAUUCAAUCCGCCUACGGGUACAGAUAUAAUGCAGAAGAGUGGUGUUUCCUCCAAUAUCAAUACAAGACAUCAGUGUAUCACAGCUAUGAAAGAAUAUGAAAGUAAAUGUUUGGAGGAAUUAAGACUUGAGGACUACGGAGCAAACCGUAAAGGUCCAGGUACUGGGGCUGGAUUACUUGGAGCAGGUGGCUCCAUAUCACAGCCAGAUGCCAGUAAAGUAGGUGGAUUGUUUGGAGCUACCGCUACUGGCACUACUGGUGGCCUGUUUGGUCAAAAUAAAACGUUUCCUGCAGCAGGCACAACUGGAUAUGGACAGACUGCCUCUGGUAGCUUAUUUGGACAGACUGCACAGCCACAACAAACAAGUCUAUUUGCUAGCAAGGCUGGUGGCUUUGGCGCAAGUACUGGUUCAUCAUUGUUCACUGGCACAACAGGAUUUGGACAAACUCAACAAAAGAGUCUAUUUGGCCAGCCACAGGCGAGUACUGGUUUAUUUGGAGCAACGCCGACUACAUCUGCCACGGGAUUUGGAGCAACUGCUACAGCUCCCUUUGGACAGACAUCUGCAUUCGCACAACAAAGCCAGGCUGGAAGUUUAUUUAAACCUGGUACAGGAUUUCCUACUGCUGCUCCUACUUCUGCUUUGUCGUUUGGUGCAACUGCUCCUGGAAGUGGACUGUUUGGUGCCAAUAAACCUGCUUCUGGUCUGAGUUUAGGAGCUACAGCAACAAGUCUUGCACCUGGCUUUGGUACAACCACACCUGCAGGAAGUCUCUUUGGUAAACCCAACACAUUUGGCACAGCAACCGGUCUGAAUACCAGUGGAUUGAUGAGUACUGGACUUGGUGCCGGAUUUGGUACUGGUACCACAACCUCUUUGUUUGGAAACACUCCUAAACCAACCACUGGGCUUGGAACAUUCGGUUCUACUUUAGGUAGUGGGCUUGGAACUGGUUUUGGUACUGGUCUUGGGGUGGGAACGACAACAACCAGCCUUGGCACUGAUCCAAAUGUAGCUGUAGCUCAGCAAGCUCAACUCCAACAACAGAUUGCUGCCUUAACCAGUUCUCCUUUUGGUGACUCACCACUCUUCAGAAACACUCUACAGGAUUCCAGUAGGAAAGAGGAGAUACUAAAACCAACCAGUUCAGCAGCUCAAAAAGCGUUGACUACUCCAUCACAUUACAAAUUAUCUGUGAGACCUACUGCUAAAAUAAAAGCCAAGCCUCUCUACUCGAUAGCUGGAAAGCAACAGUUAUUUGAUGGUCUGGAUGAUGAAGACACUGCUCUCAGCUCAGAUAUAUUUAUCCCAAGAAAAAACAUCAAAAAGUUGGUUAUUAAGAACAGCCUCUCUCCAAGCAUGGCAGUACAGAGGCCAUCCAUAGCAAUUGAAGAAGAGUUGAUUGCACCACAAAGUGAAUAUCCAGAUGAAACAGAAAAUGAAAGAAGAGAUGCUGAUGUUAUUGAUAUUAGACAAACUCCUAAUGACUUUAUGAAAACACCAAGGAGUGUUAAUAGUCCACUUAUCUCUGGAGAGAAUGCCAACUUGGAUUGUACUAUCUCUGCCUUGAAUGUGAAAAACAAAACCAAGUCGCAACAACCACCAAUACAACCAACACAGACGUCAGAUAUUGAAUCAAGUUUGAACGAAACUGUUGAAUCGCAUGCCAGUGAAGAUGAGGAUGAAGACUUGGAUAUGGCUCCACAUCCUGCAGGCAUCGUUCUUCGUAGAUCAGGAUACUAUACCAUCCCAGGGAUGGCUGAGUUAGCAGAGUUGCUAAAUAAUGGCGAUUGUUUUGUGGAAGACUUUGCUGUCGGCAGAGAAGGAUAUGGCAGUGUUUUCUUUCCCGGAUUGACGAACGUGGCGAAUCUUAACCUGGAUGAGAUAGUGCAUAUACGUCGUAAAGAGAUUACACUGUAUCCAGAUGAGAAUACCAAACCAGUGACUGGUCACGGACUUAAUAAAAAAGCUGAAGUGACACUGGAUUGUACGUGGCCGAAUGAUAAAACCACUCGUAAACCGAUAAAGAGUCCAAAUAGAUUAAAAACUCUAUCAUACGCAGAGAAAUUGGAAAAAGCGACAAUGAAGCUAGGUGCCAAGUUUAUAGAUUAUAGACCAGAGACCGGGUCAUGGGUGUUUCAGGUUCCUCAUUUCUCAAAGUAUGCCUUAGAAGACAGUGAUGAAGAAAACGAUGACCUGCCGGGUCAGGAUCCCAAAAAAUUGAAGACUCUUCAACAACAAAAACUUCAAAAGGAACAACAGCAGAAACUGAAAGAACAGGAGAAGGUACUAUCUGGGGAGGACGCAUUGCAAUCUGAAGAGCCUAUGAAAGAGGACAGAGACACAGAUAGUGACAUGGCUGAAACCACAAGAGAACCGUUGCCACAGCUUCAUCUCAGAGAUGCUGAUGACAUGGAGCAAGAGGAACCUGUAGCCCAUUCACAUCGGUUUGCUACAUCUCUCGGUAUGAGCUCACAUCGUAUGCAAGUCAUGAAAGCAUCAUUCUUUGGUGAUGAAGAACAAAUGGAACAAGUCCCUGCAAGUGGAUUUGGUAGUUCAGCUUAUCCGAGUACAGUCAGAUCCUCACCAGCUCCACUAGAUGACAGCAGACAUGAUAAAGGUCCAGAAGUUGACACAAUUCCAUUUUCGUUGUUUCCAACAAAACCAAGCUAUAAAUUCUCGCUGGAAACGACACCAUUCAAUGUUGUUAUAGAAAGAAUCCAAAUAGCUCCACACAUUGAUGGCAAAAACACAAAAGUACAGAUACAACAUGAGAAUAGUUUACAAGUGCAAUUAGAACAUAGUAUGUGUUCCAUACUGGAUGGAUGUCCGGUCUUUGUACCGGAACCUGGUGUCAAGGCACUGCAUGAAUACUGUAGAGUUGCUGACGAUGACAUACAAGAUGACAGCAAUGGAGACGAUAGUGAGACUCUGCAACACACCAGCUUGGUGUUCAGUCUUUGUAAAGCAUUGUGGGGAAGGCUGCCAGAAGAUGUAAUGGCUGAGAAAGGGAAAUACACAUACCAAAAAGCAAGACGAGAUGAAUUCUCUAAAUGGUUGUCAAUGGCUGCAAGGGACAGGAUACAGACAGAGAUUCAAGAUGCAAAAGCUAAGGACCAACACAUGGAUUGUAUAUUCAGUCAACUGAGUGGGAAUCAAAUCAGCGAGGCUUGCGAAAUAGCACAGAAAUUUAAAGACCAUCGACUAUCGUUAUUAAUAUCACAGUUGGAAGGAUGUUUUGAUUUGAAAUAUGACCUACAGAAGCAGCUGAGCGACUGGGAAGAGAACGGGGCAAUUAAUUUUAUGGAUGAAUCCCGUAUUCGUGUAAAUACUUUAUUGGCUGGCUGUCCAGUAUGGAUAUCGUCGCGGGGAAAUAUCAAUACUUGCGAAAUGCUAGAUUGGAAAAGAGCCCUCGCUGUCCAUUUAUGGUUCAUCUGUAGUAAAACAGCAUCUAUAUCUGAUGCACUUAAAGAAUAUGAAAAAGCAUUUAAGGGAAGAAGUAAUUUUAACAAAUAUGCGGUAUCUCCACUGCCACCAUACCUUGAAAAUAACCCUGAUAAUGAUGAAGGAGAAGACGAACACCAUGUCAUCAGAGAUACAUGUUAUCAUUUAUUGAAGCUAUAUAGUCAGCAUGCGCACAGAAUGGAAAGGAUACUAGCACCUACCACGUCAACACCGUAUCUCUUGGAUUAUAGACUAAGUUGGCAUUUAUAUCAAGUACUACAAGCAAUAGAUUAUACUCAUAUAUCAGAACAACAGUCAGCUAUGUUACAGUGUAACUUUGCAUCACAUUUAGAAUCCAUAGGCAUGUGGCAUUGGGCAAUAUUUGUAUUACUUCACAUACAAGACAAUACAAGGAGAGAACAUUCAGUACGUAAUUUAUUAUGCCAACACUGUACGCUAUCAAAUGAUGAAGAAAAUGAGAGAAAAGAAGAUCUUCUGGUCAAUAAAUUUAGAAUUCCAAGGGAAUGGAUACAUGAGGCUAAGGGAUUAAGAGCUAAGUAUGAAGGUUGUCAUAACGAUCAAGCAGUACAUCUAUUAAAAGCCGGACAUUGGAAUGACGCACACAUGAUUAUUAUUAGACAUCUUUCUGCUGAUGCUAUCAUUAACGAAGACUUUGAGCACUUGCAUGAACUUUUGAGUGUUCUAGCCCCUGGUGAUCGCAGUGCCACCAUACAAGACUGGAAUGUUGGUGGAAAGGUGUUCCUGGACUACAUUCGGAUAUCACAGAAACUAGAAAGCUUAAAGAAUGAAGGGAUUCCAAACAUGUACGAUGUGGAAAGAUUGCAUCCUGAAAUUGCGUCUUUGUGUGGUAGAGUAAAACAUCUGGAGUGCCAUACAGCAAAGGAUAGGUUAUGUCAGUCUGAGAUGGCCAAGAAGACUGCUAACCUGAUGAAAACAGUACUUAUAUUGCAGCAACAGUCUUUAAAUCCAGAGUUGGAGCCUAUAAUACCAUCACGUUUGUUAGCUCCACAUAUCGGCAACUUACCAAUGCCAGAAGACUAUGCAUUACAGGAACUGAGACAGCUUACUAGGAGCUAUAUGAUAGAAAUGACAUCGUAGCGAUUGCAUUACACUCGACUAUGGAGAUUACAACACAACAAUUACUUGACUUCAAAUGGGAAUUCACGUAAAUCUUCAUCAAUAUAGACAUGUAUAUUGUAUACAAGUUGUUGGUGAUUGUACAGAGUACUUGCUAUGAAUGAACCAAUGCAUUUUAUCACAUUUAUUUUUUUCGAUUUUUGAUGGAAUUGUUAAACUCAAUGUAGUACUCGUUUGUUUCUUGCUUUAACACUGCUAUACCCAUUCACUUUAUAUUUUAGUCUUGAUUGCAAUAGACAGUCAAAUUUUAUUCUUACUUAUUUAGGUACAUUCCAUUAUGUUGGUGGUUGUUAGGUACAUGUGCGUGUACAUGCAGCUGAUGUCUUUGCAAUGUUCUUUUCACAGACAUUUACCCACUAGAGUAGGGUUGAAAAGGGAAGUACGCAAAUGUUAGUUUUAAUGUUGAAGGGUGGUGGUAAUGUCAAAUUAACAAACUGCUUAAAUCUGCAUUAUUGAGGCUGUUGUCAUUUCUACUUCGUGUUAGCAUUUUUUUACAGCAGAGCCCGGGGAACAUGAUCGAUUAGGCUGCUUGCUCGGAUGCUAUGUUGUAUAUCCACGGGAGACUAGAUCACAUUGGUGUAAAUGCACAGAUGAUUCAUGUAUAUGUUAAUGUAGCAUCCCUAUAAUGUACUGCCUUGUAUGUAUCAAAUACUUUGAAUAUAAAACUUGAAUUUAUUUUUUACUGAUGA